UUUUCGAUGAGCGGUUUUCAAGGGAUUGAAGGGGAGAGAUGGCAGUGAGAAAUGGGAUGGGUGUUCUUUAUAACUUUAGCGAGGAGACGGCAUUUGUAUCAUUAUUAUUUGAAGAAGUAGAAUAAUUAUUAUUGCAACUCCAAAGAGGUCACAUGUAUACACUCUCUAAAUGACCGCCUUCAUCUUCUCUGGCAAUUGUACAAUCCCAGCUAAUAUCACGCAUUAUGUCUCCGGCCCUAACACACGCGGAACGCUCGAUAUCAUCUGGAGCUCUCUCUCCAUUCUCAUUUUAUGCGUCUGGUCGAUUCAGCACCUUAACCUACCUCCACAAUGGCAUCUAAACCUGGAAGCAUACUAUUCCUCAUCGGAGGAAAAAGGGAAGAAAAAGACGCCCACUACCCGUCGGAUAUACAAAAUGAACAAGAAAAUCAGACGGAAAGGUUACUUGCUUAAUCGUGAGAUUCGAUGGAUGAUUAUGAAUCUGGUCGCACCGGAAUUUCUGCUGGCGAAGGCCUUGACGGAUUUCGUAUCGGCGAGGAGCCUGAGCCCACGAUUGAAAGCGUAUGCGAGUGAGGAUGAGGUGGAUUGGGACAUGGCGCAUACUUACUAUGCGAAUAUGGGUGGGUUCAUUGUGAGGUUUGAGAAAGAUGAGGGACAACUAUGGGUAGAAAGGGGCGACGGUGGUGGUUCUCAGGAGGAUGUUGAAUCCUGUCGCGUCUCUAGGGAACAUGGUAUAUCCAACUCGAUGACGGAUCAGGAGUCCUUGGUCGGAGGCGAAGAAGAGAAUCAUGAUACAAUGAAAAUACCCACGCCGGUUACUUCCGUCCAAAACAUGCAGAAUGCCAUCCACGGUCUUAUGCAGAGUCCAGCAUGGAGUCCGAACCGGUAUAUCGAACGUGUAUACGAAUUCCAAGGCUUGACGGGCUUCGACUGGGAGGUAGAUUCUAAGAAUCGCGAGGCUGUUCUCACGGCCCUUGAAGAGUAUCCUACGUCGGAUAUGCACCAUAUCAGCUUGAUGAGAUGGUAUCAUAACGUCUGUGCCCUUCAGGGUAACGUCUGGUACCUUGAUGCUGCGCAGUUGCUUUUGGUGCGCCAGUGUGGUAUCAUCACUUCUCUACCACACCUUCCUAAGGAGGUUCUCGACGACCAGAGCAAAAGCGAUUCUCUGGCCAAGACUUUCACGUUGAUCCAGGUUGUCUGGCUGGCUCUGCAGCUCAUUUCUCGCCAGACGGAGGGCCUUCCAAGUUCACAAAUGGAGAUAUCUGCCCUUAGCUUCGCGGUCUGCUCUUUUUUCACCUAUCUUCUUAUGUGGAACAAGCCUCAAGGAGUGGAGGCUUCCUGCUAUAUCACGGCUAAUCGACGGCCGACUGUGCAGGAAGUCAAAGCGUUAGGUAUUAUCGGCCCAGCAACUUUCGGUCCCCAUCGUAUGCGCCCCUGGAUAUCCAACAAUUGUUUUCAUCCAUGUUAUCGAUGGGAUCAUGCCGCGUCCUCGCUAAGACCUAGUGACUUCGAAGGGGAUCUGAAACGAAUAUCUCGCUUCCAGCCCGGAUUUGUAGUCGGUGCCGUCCUCUUUGGUGGGAUUCACUGUCUAUCCUGGAACUCGCAUUUCCCUACGUCGGCUGAACACCUUCUCUGGCGCGCCUCCUGCCUCCUCUUGACCAUCGUUCCUCCGGUCGGUGGGAUGUGUACCUUUCUCAUGGGCUGGAUCAGAUCUCGACUUCACCGCAUAGGAAGGACGAGAGCAACUGGAUAUAUUGCGAAUCUUAUGUCACUGGUGCUAACGCUGCCAUAUAUUCUGACGAGGUUGUAUCUGAACAUUGAGGUUUUCCGCUGUUUGGCGUAUGAGCCGCCUGAAGUUUUUCUGGCGACAAACUGGCCCGAUUGGCUUCCUCAUUUGGGGUGAGGGAUGUGUAGCAUCUGUAUGCGUGUGUUAUAGUAGUGGUCGAGUAGAAUAAUUGGAUAUUAGUAUUGGCGGAAUAUGCCUCUAAAUGACUUCGCAUGUAUGUAGACUGUUGGAAGUGAAGUGAUUCUUUCCUAGGGACGCCAGCUUUGUUUCACAAAAGAGGAUAUAGGAAA